CAUAUCGAAUGAAACCCGAAGGCAAAUGGGCUUGUUUUCGAGAUGUGUCCAACGAAACAGAACAUUGAAGGGCAUAUUAGAAUUAAAAAUUUACUUAAACAUUCUAAUAGCGCAGAAAAUCGUUUGGAGCUUUUAAAUCUUUAUGAUGAUGCUGAUGGUAGUCUAUUGGAGUCUCACUCAUUAAAGUGCACUUAUUUUUUGCAUGCUAUAAAGGUAGCAUCAAAAUUACAGAUCUCGAGUUGGGCAGAUUUGUACAAUUUGUAUAGUCUUCAAAAGGAUCGACACACCACCUCUUCAUCGACUUUAAAACAGCCUUCGACACCACGUAAAGGAGCUAGUUCUACGACGGUAUGUCUAAAGUUGGUAACAAAGCAAAACUUAUAUGGCUGUGGCGAGACGUUCAACCAGAUGGUAUUCUACGACGGAGUCUCUUUCCCUCUACAUAUACGACACCAAAUUUGCGCUGCUUCAUAUAGCCACUGUAGUAAAUCUAACAAGAACAUGCUCGCUUUCGCCCUUGCUCUGUCCAUCGCACUUCUUGGACGGUGGUGAUGUCAGCCCUUGGUUUAGCAAGGAUACCAACCAUCGUAAGGCGGUCGCUCAUCCGGGGCAAGUUAAAAUUUUUCUUUAGGGUGUUUUCUAUUUGGCGGGUAACAACCUCGCUGGGCGAGUGGACACUUAAACCGAGUAAGUCGGAAUAACCGUAACCUAAGGCUCCACACGGUUUAGUUACCGCAUCUUGCACAAGGGUUACUUACGUUCCCAGCGUGCACGUCGUAGACGCAAUAGUAGGAAUUGAGUAUAGCCUCGCAAC